AUGUUUGUGGGAGGGUUACCUUUAGCGCCUAUUCAGGACGGCCCUGUUGUGCCAAAUGCAUACAAUUAUGAUCCAAUGGCUGAGAUAAUGAAACUCGGAACUGGUCAAUUGCAAAGCGCCUAUCGUAAAUCUAAACUGGUAUGUUGUCUAUGGUGA